AUGACUACGCAGAUCCGUGCUUGCGUCCUCUUGGCUCUCGCCACCAGCGCUUUCGCUGGCUACGCCGGCUAUGGCCUCGGCCACGGCCUUGGCUACGGCGGCUAUGGUCUUGGCUACGGUCUUGGCUAUGGUGGCUUGGGCUACGGUCUUGGCUACGGUGGCUUCGGCUAUGGCCUUGGCUACACCGGCUACGCCCCAGCUGUGGCCCACGUCGCCCACGCUGUCCCAGCUGUUGCCACCGUCGCCCACGCUGCCCCAGCCGUCGCCACUUACGCCGCUGCUCCAGCUGUGACCAAGGUCGCCACCACUUACCACGCCCCAGCUGUCACCACCGUUGCUCACGCACCAGUCGCCAACGCCGUGGCUGCUCCAGUCGCUACCUACGCUGCUGCCCCAGCCAUUGCCGCCUACCACGCCCCAGCUGUGACCACUGUGGCCCACGCCCCAGUCGCCACCGCUGUCGCUGCUCCAGUGGCCACCUACGCCGCUGCCUACCACGCCCCAGCUGUCGCGACCACCACCGUCCACCAUGCUCCAGCUGUCGCCCCCGUUGCCCACGCUGCCCCAGCUGUCGCUGCCUACCACGCCGCCCCAGUCUACGGCUACGGUGUUGGCACCCUCAACUACGGUGUUGGCCACUACGGUUACGGCCAUGGUCUCCUCGGCUAUGGCCUGAACUACGGCUACGGCCUCGGCUCUCCCUUCCACUACGGUGCUCUUCUCCGCAAGAAGAAGUAAACCCUUCAAGUCUAACUUAUUCGAAGGAUCAAAAGAAGAGAAAUUACGAACACCCAGUCUUGUCUUGCUCCAAACGUGAGCAAAGACAGUUAAGAUGGAUAAAUAAAAUUGG